CCACACACACAUCGUGCCCAUUGACAGCACGACUGCGGGCAGGAACGCUCUCAGAUUUGUGACUUUGCUGUUUCGUAAAUGACGUUUGGUGCGGAAGAUUGGUUGCAGGAAAUGUUUGCAUAACAAUGAAUGACCAUUUCUCUAUCUUUCUCUCCUGGUCCCCAGCAAGAAGACGCAAACAUGUCAGAGAGAAGAAGUCAGAAGAAAUCCAUCUUUCUGUCCUCAUUAUUGGUGUGUUGUAUGUUUGCCAGUGCGGAGUAUUCCAGCUGUGGAGAGUAUGAGUUCUUCAAUCAGACCAGCAACAGCUGCCAGGCCUGCCCUCAGUGCCAGGCAGGACAGGAGCCGCAUAUGAGUUGUGGCUACGGUGUGAAGGAUGAGGACUUUGCCUGUGUGCCGUGCCCGCAUGGGAAAUAUUCCAAAGGGAGGUAUGAGAUCUGCAGACGCCAUAAGGACUGUGACGCUUUCUACAAAGCCACUGUUAGAGCAGCGGGAACUCCAGACAGCGAUGCCGAGUGUGGACCCUGUUUAACUGGGUUUUUCAUGCUGGAGACCAGACCCAGAAACCUCUGGAUGGUUUGCCACUCCUGCCAGAACGCACCACGCAACACCAAAGAAUGCAUGUCAACCAGCGUAAAAAAGGAAAAAACUACAAUUGACCCUGGCAGCACUACUUUGUUCCCUCACCUUCCAGAAGAUUCCACCGGACAAAGUCACCUCGCAACAGCUCUCAUUAUCGCCAUGUCAACUAUUUUCAUCAUGGCCAUCGCCAUCGUCCUCAUCAUCAUGUUUUACAUCCUGAAGGCCAAACCAAGUGGCCAGGCAUGCUGCUCAGGGCAAGUUGUGAAGACAGUGGAGGGUCAGACCAACAAGCAGGAAGACAAGAAAGAUGUCCCCGACAAUGUGGUGAUCUACUCAGAGAAAGAUGAGUUUGACAAACUGAAGGGUGCUCCUCAGAAGACAGUAAAAAGUGAAAAUGAUGCAUCAUCCGAGAACGAGCAGCUGUUGAGUCGUAGCAUUGACAGCGACGAGGAGGCGGCGUCUGACAAGCAAGGCUCAGCCGAGACCAACACCCCCAACCCCUGCCUCGUCAACCUGGGCAACAAGCCCGACCUCUGCCUGCUCUCUCUGGGCCUCCUGGAUCGGGAGCGAGCCUGCAACGGGGCCCCAGCCCACGCCAACGGGCAGGCCAAUAACACCCCGAGUCCCAACCACAUCGGCAAAGUCAACCACAUUGCCAGCGCCAACCACAUCAGCACUGUGAAUGCACUGAACAACAACAAUAAAACCCCAGGGAUGCUACAGAGUCGAAGAAAAAAGAUCCUGGAUCUGUAUGGCAGAGCCUGCAAUGUGACAGAGGGCUUGAGCCCCACAGAGCUUCCUUUCGACUGUCUGGAGAAGGCCAGCCGCAUGCUGAGCUCGUCUUACAGCAGCGAGGCGGCCGUGGUGAAGACGUGGAGGCACCUGGCCGAGAGCUUCGGGCUGAAGCGCGACGAGAUCGGUGGCAUGAGCGACGGCCUGCAGCUCUUCGAGAGGGUGAGCACGGCGGGCUACAGCAUCCCCGACCUCCUGACCCGCCUGGUCCAGAUCGAGAGGCUGGACGCCGUGGAGUCGCUCUGCUCGGACGUGCUGGGCAGCGGGGAGAUGGCGGCGGCUGCAGGUCGCCAGGGCAAUAGCACUUUUCACAGCCAGUUGGUCUGUACAACCCCAUGCCCGUCUCCAUCCCAGCGCUGCGCCAGCGUCUAAAGACUGUUGUUGAGCAGAGACUUAAAAGACUUGGAUGCCUUACAGUAUACAUGUUUGUAGGGACAGAUACUGCUCUGACAAAGAGGCGGCACAUACAGUAUACACCUGACCCCCAUCACAUGAAGAAUGCCAGUGGACCUCCCUGUGCACAAUCCUUUCCUUCCUAUCCUGGUUUUUAUCCGUCAAGAAGCUUUUCAUCUGAAAUGAUAUGUGUUGCCUUACCAUUCUGUCUUUUUGAAAUGAUACAGAGUUUGAGAAAGACCACAAUCUGUACUCUCUAAGUUUGCCUCUAGUUUGGAAAAUAUUGUCUUCCAUAAAUGUUACAGAAUGUUUGGAAAGAAAUAGCUGGAUUAACUGUGCGCUGGACGCAACACAAUCACAGCUUUUCUUCCACAUUUUUGAUACAAAAUUAAGCUUGCUCUUUAAACAAAUCACAUAAAAAGAUGUAAUGAUGUGCUAAUGAAUAUCACUGAGCAGUUACUGCCGGCUAAGUGCCUUUCCUGUAGGAACACCGCUAUAAAAGUGCAUCAGAAGUGGAAGGAAUGAGGAUGCCUUCUUAGUUGUCCUUCGACUGAACCUCCAGAUCAGGGCAAACAUACUUUGGUUAGUGCUGAUGUAACUAGACGUUUGUAUUCGAGCAACCUUGUUUGACCGCAGCAUUAGUUCACAUUCAUAACUUUGGCUGUGCUGUCAUCAUGCAGUCAGAGAAAGCAGAUAUAAGCUCCCUACUUAAAAUGCAAUCAUUGUGGGGAGCCGGAAACACUAAAGUAUUCCUCAGAUCAACUUUCAGAGGGUGAACUUGGUUUGAGAAUUUGGGAAUUUAGAAACUCUCCUGUGUCAACGUUACUCAAUAUUACAGAACAGUAUUUUCUAUAGACAUUAGGCUGAUACUUUCAAACUAAAUGUCCAUUUUAAGAUUGGUUCUGUGAUGGUGUUUCAUUUAAAAACACCAACUGAGCUCUGUUAAUUGAUUACCAUAUGAACAUAUAAAUUCAACCAAUUAAAAAAUGCUUUAAACACUUUAGGUAGUGUAGUUGGUGAUAAUCCCAUACAAUGCUGCCCAUGUUUUUUGUCUUAAUCCAAAUGCAAAUCUACUUCCCUCCACUUUAUCACACUCAGCAUACACUGCUCUUACAGCAACUGCUUCCUCAGCAGUGACCCAGUCUGUGACCCCCCCAUAAUUCUUCCUCUCCCCCUUAUACCUCUUUUACCCCAAUUCUGCGGUCUAGUGCUGCCGCCAGCCCUAAUUAUUUGGCGUGUGGCUCCCCGGGCCCCUAAUAGGCUGAAGUGUUGUGGUUUACAGAGCGGGUGCAAAGUGCCUGUGAUUUCCAGCACCCAAUUAAGCAUUUAGGGCCACUUAACCACUGAAAGCCCAGUGGAAAAGCUGUAAAAAAACCUGCAUUAAAAAGAGAGAUGCCACAAGACAGGCAUGACUAAGUGCCCCCGGGGUUGCUGCACUGUGAACGGUGAAGAAUGCAGCCGGUCGUGGUGGAAGCAGCGACACGGUCCUCUCAUAACGUCUGACCUUACUCAGCUUUUGUGGUCGGCUCAGUCAUGCUCAGACAGGAUUUAAGUUCCCCUCUCCCCUGUGGGACCCAUGUGGCAAAUGAGAACAAUAUGCAGUUGUUCGGGUCGUACACCUCGAGGAAGCAGAGGAAGACGGUCGAGAGUUGAACGUACAGAGACUGAGGGUGGCAUAGAUCAGCAUCAAGUUAAACUUAAGAGCGUUAAUUCUCAUCUUAGUUGAAUUAAUAGUGAUGAUGCAUUAAGUAAGAUGCUAUCAUCCUGCUUUCUGUAGAAGUUAACCAUCCAAACUCAGCAGUAAAUUCCAAAGUCCAACAAGCAAAGCCAAUAAUGACUUUCAUCUAAUUUCUCUGGAAUAGGGCUGAUCUUUAUCUGAAGCGUGAUGUUGUCUGCAUAAUGUCCCAUGAUAGCUCUGCGCUAAACCAAACACAAGUGCCAUGUUCUUUUUCUAACGUUUGUUCCUAUUUUGCAUUGCAAACACUGGGGCUGGACUCUGGUUCUUUAAAUGAAUUAAUAUGCAUGUUUACCAAGCACUUCUUUACAAUUAAUAACUCUGAGUCAAAGCUCAUGGUUAAAUAUUCUGCCUUUUAUCGAGCAGGGUUGUCUUCUAAUUCAAAACAGGUUUGAGAAGUUCUUUUUAUGAUGUUUUAUACUUUUGUAAAUGAUCGAUGGAUUGAAUUGAAAUGAAAUGGUCUCAAGCCCCUGUUUCAGAAGAGCACAAAUACAGGCACACAGUAUGCUUUGCUGACACAAGCCAAAAGUGGAUCUCUUACCUCAGUGGCACAUAAUGGACAGUAAAAUGUGUAGAAACACAUGCAAACUCAUUACAGAACCAAAAUAUAACUGUAUAUAUAACUUAUUAUUGUACAUAAUGUAUACAUUAAUAAAGAUGUAUGGUAA